UUCUAAACACUUAUCAAUUCCCCUUUUCUUUCUUUCUUUCUUUGCUUGGUUCAUUUCCGAUUUCAAUCGCUCUGCUCUGCAACACUGCAAGUGAGAAUUGAGAAGGAAGGAUGAGAGAAAUAAUCAGCAUACACAUAGGACAGGCUGGCAUCCAGGUUGGCAAUUCUUGCUGGGAGCUCUACUGCCUCGAACAUGGCAUCCAGCCCGAUGGAAUGAUGCCUAGUGACACAUCCUUCGGAGUGGCGCACGAUGCAUUCAACACUUUCUUCAGCGAGACAGGAUCCGGCAAGCACGUUCCGCGUGCCGUCUUCGUCGAUCUCGAGCCAACCGUCAUCGACGAGGUCAGAGCCGGCACCUACCGCCAGCUCUUCCACCCGGAGCAGCUUAUCUCCGGCAAGGAGGACGCCGCAAACAACUUCGCCAGGGGACACUACACCGUCGGCAAGGAGAUCGUCGACCUCUGCCUUGACCGCGUUCGCAAGCUCGCCGACAACUGCACCGGCCUCCAGGGCUUCCUCGUUUUCAACGCCGUCGGUGGCGGUACUGGCUCCGGCCUCGGUUCUCUCCUCCUUGAGCGCCUCUCCGUCGAUUACGGCAAGAAGUCCAAGCUCGGCUUCACCAUCUACCCUUCCCCUCAGGUUUCGACGGCUGUUGUGGAGCCAUACAACAGUGUUCUCUCCACUCAUUCUCUCCUGGAGCACACUGAUGUCGCCGUGCUCUUGGACAAUGAAGCCAUCUAUGAUAUUUGCAGGAGGGCCCUUGAUAUCGAGAGACCUACCUACACCAACCUCAACAGGUUGAUAUCUCAGAUCAUAUCAUCCUUGACUACUUCCUUGAGGUUUGAUGGCGCCAUCAAUGUGGAUAUCACUGAGUUCCAAACCAACCUUGUGCCUUACCCUCGCAUCCAUUUCAUGUUGUCCUCAUACGCCCCUGUUAUCUCGGCUGCCAAGGCCUACCAUGAGCAGCUUUCAGUGCCUGAGAUCACCAAUGCAGUGUUUGAGCCCUCCAGCAUGAUGGCCAAGUGCGAUCCUAGGCAUGGCAAGUACAUGGCUUGCUGCCUAAUGUACCGUGGUGAUGUUGUUCCAAAGGAUGUCAAUGCCGCCGUUGCCACCAUAAAAACAAAGAGGACUGUUCAGUUUGUUGACUGGUGCCCAACUGGCUUCAAGUGUGGUAUCAACUACCAGCCUCCUACAGUUGUACCCGGUGGGGACCUUGCUAAGGUGCAACGGGCAGUCUGCAUGAUCAGUAACAACACUGCAGUUGCUGAAGUGUUCUCUCGCAUUGACCACAAAUUUGAUCUCAUGUAUGCCAAGAGAGCCUUUGUUCACUGGUAUGUCGGUGAAGGCAUGGAAGAAGGGGAGUUCUCCGAGGCCCGUGAAGAUCUUGCUGCUCUUGAGAAGGAUUAUGAGGAAGUUGGAGCUGAGGGAGCAGAAGAUGAAGAAGAAGGAGAAGACUAUUGAUAUUAUAAAUAAUUGAGAAACCAUUUUCUACAUAAUUGUUACAAGUAAAAAGGGGUAUAUGCUUCGUUACAUUGCCCCGAACCCGCAUUGUUCCUUUUAAUCCUGUGUGAAGUAGUUUUCUAUUAUUCCAACUGUUAAGUGAUUAAAACAAUUAUGUUUCUAUAUGUUGACUUAGGAUUCUAUCGUUUGUUGCUUCAAUUGUGUAUUCAGAGUUGUCCAUCCUAUAUGUUAUUAUAUUUUUUCUUA